AGAAUACAGGGGUAAUGAAGUAAUUUCACGUGAAAAAAGCUGUAUCUAUUGAUUUCAGUUAGAGCGCAAAUUAGAUUCUGUUAGUAUAAAAGGUGUGAAGAAGAAGGCGGAAGCACCAUUUUCAAUUUUCUGAUCUGUAGCAGUUAUAUAAAUCAUCCCAGUGCUUCUUCUUCCAUCCAUUACACACACACACACACACACACACACACACUUAAUCGGGAAGUGAACAUGUCAGCGGAAUCGGUAUCUUCGUCCACGGCUGCUCCUCCGCCGCCAGUGCGGAGUCCUACGAUUAGAUUUACAGCCCCAGACAACCGCGGCGGCCGUUCCGUCAUUCUCAGCCAACCUGGUGGCUACUCCGCCGAGAUUCUGUUUUAUGGAGCUCAAGUAGUAUCGUGGAAGACUGAACAUGAACAAGAGUUACUUUUUCUCAGUGAAAAGGCCGUUUACGGACCUCCACACCCGAUUCGUGGAGGCAUCCCAAUUUGCUUCCCAAAGUUUUUCGACGAAGAAAACAUGGAGGGACAUGGAUUUGCUAGAAUCGCAGAGUGGAUUUUUUCACCUGAUACAGCCUUUUACCCUCCAACACCCGAUAAGGCAUACGUUGAUCUUGUUCUCAGACAUAAACCGGACGACUUCCAAGACUGGCCUAAUCAUAAAUUUGUGCUCCGUUUACGUGUUAACCUGGGACCCACCGGAGAUCUGACUAUGACAACUCGUGUAAAAAACGUCAACACUAAUGGGGAGCCUUUCACUUUCAAAUUCGCCUACCACUCCUACUUCUCCGUCUCAAAUAUCCGUGCAACUCAGAUUGAAGGAUUGCAGGGGUUGGAUUAUCGGGACUACCUGAAGGAUCACAAUCAAUUCACUGACGAGGCUGAUGCAAUCACUUUUGGAGACGAAUUGGACAGGGUAUAUCUGAACACUCCUCAUGAGAUCUGUAUUAGGGACGUUGAACUUAGAAGAACUAUUACCAUUCACAAAGAUGCAACUCUUCCUGAAAUUGUUGUGUGGAAUCCAUGGGAAGUUGAUGCAAGUUCAAUAGCUGAUUUAGGAGAUCAAGAGUAUAAGCAGAUGGUUUGUGUUGAGGCAGCUGCUGUGGAGACUGAAAUCACUUUGUAUCCGAACGAAGAGUGGAUCGGGACUCAGCGCCUUUCUGCAAAGGAAUAUUAACUGCCGUUUUGUUACUUCGCAGUUUCUAAACUCUUUUUUUCCCGUAUACGUGUAAUAUUCUUGAAUUGAAGAGAUUAAGAUCACCUA